AUGUGGGAAUUACUUCCAUGUAAUUCUUUUAUUAAAGUCAAAUUUAUAACUUCAUUAACUGCAACAAUCGACUCUGGCCUUCUUUCACGUAGCCCUUCAGCUGCAUCUACCGUUUCAGGAUGUGUUGCUAACACAAAUAACCCUUCAGGCACUAACUAUAUGCAAAGUCUUUCUCAGCGAUUAGAAGGGGCAGAAAGACGGUUACUUGAAAAAGAAAGGGAAAUACAAACUGCUAAACAAGAUACACAACUAGCAAGGAGAGAAUUGGAUGUCUAUAAACAAUCUUUACAAGAAUCGGAAAGGUCACGGGAUUCGUUAACCAAACAAUGCCGUCAACUUACCUCAGAACUUGAACAAAUGGGCAAAAAACUUAAAGAAGAAGAGGAACAUUUCCAAACCUCUCAAUUUGAGUCAAGAAAACAAUCCAACGAUUUUCUUAUUUUAAAACAAAAAAUUGAAGAGUUAAAGGAAGAAAAUGAGGCAGAAAUGGCCUUAGAGAAGAAAAGAAAUUCAGAAAAAAUGGAAAAGUUGGUUUAUGAGUACGAAUCACGCAUUCGCCAAUUUGUCAAUGCCCAGCGCAGUCAAGAACAAUUACUUGAAAGACUGACUGAAUCUGAAUCACAAUUGGAUAAAACCCAAUCACAAUUGGCUCACAUGGAAAGACUACAACGUACACAAUCUGCUAUAGGAGAAACUUGGGAAGCUCAAUACCGAACUGCUCAGUCUGAAUUGGAAGGUAUUAGGGAUGAAAAUGCUGCUUUAAAGAGUCGGAUCCGAAGACAGAAAAAACAAAUUGAAUUGCUUACACAAGAAAAUGAAUUAUCUGAGAGAGUAAUUGAACUUGAGAAUAAUGUUGGGAGAGUACAAAAUCGUCUUCAAGGAGACAAAUCUGUGAGUGAGAGUUGCACGGAACAUUAUGUAGCAAAAGAAGAACAGAAAAAUUCUGGUGAAGAAAUAGGGAGUGAAGUACCUAUAUUUACAUACUUUUAA